AUGUCUCGACGAGGCGAUACGAUGUACGAAGAGCGGGAGUUCUAUGCUCGUGAGGAACGUCCACCACCCGCUCGAACUCAAGUUCGUGAGCGCGAGAGGGAAUUUGAAGAGACAGAUACUUACUCGAGACGUGGUGGCCCCGUGCGUGACAACCGACCGGAUUUCCUGCGCGACGAUUAUGGUAGAAGCGAUCCAGGCCAAAUGGUUUUGCGAGAACGAGAGACCGAAAUAAGCAGACCUCUGGAACGACGACCACGAUCACCUUCCCCGCCAGUUCGAAUCGAGCAGAGGACCGAGAGGAUUGUUCGCCGCAGGUCGCCCUCCCCUCCACCAAUUCAAGAGACCUACCGUUCGAGGGUGGUCGAGCGAGAAGGACACCGCUCUCCCUCUCCCGUCAGAAUUGAGCGCACCGAGAGAUUUGUCCGUCGCAGAUCCCCAUCUCCGCCGCCAGUCCAGGAAACCUACCGGUCUAGAGUUGUUGAGCGAGAACGCGAGAGACCUCGAUCGUAUUCCCCUCCUCCACCACAGCUCCGCGCAAGAGUGACCGAGACUCGAGAGAGAGUACGAGAACGAUCCCCAUCUCCUCCCCCACCAAUUCGCUAUCGUGAGCGCGUUGUCGAACGCGAACGUGAAAGAUCGCCAUCUCCAGUCCGAAUCGUCCGGGAGCGGGAGAGAAUCGUUGAGCGAGAAAGAGAACGUACACCCUCACCACCUCGUACCGAAACCAUUCGGAUCCGAAAUAUCGAGCGAGAAACCAGGCGGGCCCCAUCACCUUCGCCAUCGCCAUCGCCCUCUCCUCCCCCAGCUCCAAUUCGAGCCCCUCCAAUCCACCAAGAAAUUAUUACUCAUCAUAGACAUAUUGAUCAUGGAUUUGAACGUGCUGCACGUGUUCCAAGCCCACCUCCACCAGUCCGUCGCACGAAAGAAACAAAAGAAACCGAUAUAGACAUUCAUACAUCUCGUGGUAACACAGAAAUCGACAUCAAGCAAACUCGUUCCAAAACCCCACAACCCACGAGCACAUCCUUGGCUCGACGGGAAAAUUUCUGGGAUGAUUUAGAUAUCGAAGAUAAGGAGCAUGAAAACUUGAGAAUCCGCGAUACGCGGCUAGAGUUAGGGAGGCGUCGUAGCAUGAGCGCCCGACCAGAUACACGCGAGCGUGAACGAGUAAAGGUUGAUAUCAAAGAAAGUUACGGGCGCGAAAAGGAUAGCUACAGCAGGGACAGCAUCCGAGACGAGGAUGAGGCUGAAUACUAUCGCAGAAAGGUCGACGAGAGAGCGUAUAUUGGAGAAGCAUAUAAUGGUGCCACGAAAGACUGGGCAAUAGUCGAUGUUCCACCGGGAACCGAACGAGUCCAGAUGGACGGAAUUGGUGGCGGUAGCCAGGAAAUUACAUGGCAAAGAUAUAAUGGAGUGCGACGAAGCAAAUUUAUUGCUGACCGUGAGGAGCGGCCUCGCAUUCCUGAGCGUCAACCGGAGCGUCAGCCUGAGCCUCGAAUCGAACGUGAACGAGAGAGGAUUGAGAUUCGGGAACGAGAUGAGCCUAGGCAAGAAACCACCGGUUUUGAGAUCGAGAUAUCUAGUUCGAGCCGACGGCCAGAUCCUCCGCGCGAACCCAGUCGUCCUGCAUAUGAAAGAGAGUAUGAGAGAAUCGAAGAAACGACCAGUGAUCGUCGAGUUGGCAUGCCCCGACCUCCGCCAGCUCCCAAGCAAAGAAGAGGGGACCUCUGGACCGAAAUUACAAAGGACUUGGUGGUAGAAGAUGCUAUCAAGCAACUCGGAUAUGAUUACGAAGAGACUGAAUUCUUCUAUUACAUCAUCCAAUAUUUGCGCUAUGAGGAUGUUCUCGAGCUUGUGGAAGUUUCCGAGCACAUCAAAGCAGAACGACAACGCCGAAUUCGUGAAAUCGAACGGGAGCGGGAGCGAUUCGAGCGCCGCGCUAGGGAACGCGAUGACUGGGAGCGGGCCGAGAGACGAAGAGAGCGAGAUCGUGACAACGGUUAUGAUGAUGAACGAAUUAUCGAACGGGAGAUUAUCUACGAUGGCGGCGGCGGCGGGUCACGACGCAGACGAGGCGGUUGGUAG